GGCGGCUCCCUCACCGCCGCCUCCACGGCUCCCUCUUCCCAGCCCUCCAUGUCAGGUGCUGCUGCUGCACCUCCUCCUACCGGUAGUGGAGGCAGUGGAGGUAGUGGGGGUGGCGGCAGGGAUCCAGCGGCGGUGUCCCGAGACGGAGAGGUUGAGGCGGAUGGUGGCGAUGGGGCGGAUGUUGGGGCGGUGGAGCCGCUGGAGAGGUGGACCUCGGGAGCCGCUGGUGCUGCUGGCACUGCUGCUGCUGCUGGGGCGACAGCAGCAGGUCCUGCUCGCCCCCAGCCCCCUCUCCAACAGCUGGCUCAGCAACAGCAGCUGCCCCCCCUGCAGCAGUCGCGACCGCCACUGCAGCAGCAGCAGCAACAGCCCCCGGAGUCGCGCCGGCAGGAGCUACCGCAGCCUCGGAGGAUAGCCGCUGCCCGCGAUGGCGAUGAUGACUUGGAGGCAGGAGAUAGCGUGAGAGGAAGAGAUUGAAGGAGGCGCGCGCGGGGGAGGUUGCCUGCUAGAGCGAGCUAUAUGCGGGGUAAUUGCUGGGGGUCGCGAGGCACGUGUUCUCCUGCCUUCUCCUGGUGUACAUGCGUUGUGGGGUGCGGUUGGGGGGGCAGCGCAGAGUGAUGGAGGAGGUGCUGAGAGGUAGUUGGGGAUUAAGUUCACUGGCCCAUGCUAGACAACACUCUUGGACAUAGCUGUCGACCGAGGGAGAUGCACAGUGACGGUUGCUGUGUUUGUGAUUAAAGGAAAACGACAGGUCACGGCGAGCGUGUGUUGUACAGGCACUGGAUUGGUGGUACUGCAAAUCAUAACUCAUAACCACAUACCGGUAGUUAUCGUUGGACCGGGGAAGCCGCAUGCCAGACCCAGUGGCUGUUGGGUACCGGAAAUGCUGGCAAUGGCUCAUAACACCUUGCUCUUACUGAGACCUCGGGAUUAUGUGUUUGCUGGCGUGUUGUGGACCUUUUUGUUCCGUUGGCAACCGGGGGACGCAGCUGUCUCCAUACUGAGUGAAUCAUGCCGGGGAUACACGUCGCAACAUCUUUAUCACGCCGCCAACCCAUCACAAAACGCACAGUUACUGAUCAACCCAUGACCACCGCCCUACGGUUUACCGCCGCCCAUCUCCC